UUGCAAAGAGCCACCUCGUGGGCCGUACGGUCUUCGCGCGCGUCCCAAAUCGAUACAACUGAACGAUUCUUCAGUGCAUGGUUCCCGUACAAGUUGUGCCAAGAUGCUGCUGAGAAAUAGAUUAGCGGCUCUUUGCUUCGCCUUGCUUGGCUUGAUCUGCGAAAGUGUCUCCGAUGGUUUUAAUGGAUUUUCUGAAAAGGACGGCGCUUUUUACACUGACGAUGCGGUAGUUUUAAACGCGCCCGUGAGUCGUGUGAAACGCGACCUCUCAAAUGACACUCGAAGUGGAAAACAACUAAUUUUGCUGAGACAGGUGCAACCCGAAGGAGCGUUCGGGCUGGACUGCGAGACAACGCUGGGCAAACAGGGCACGUGCAAGAGUUUCCACGACUGCUACCCGCUGCUGAAGGUGGCCGACUUGUCGGGCUCCAAUGGCUGGAUCAUGGGCCACUACGACACCUGCAGUUACAUCAGCGCUGACAACAUGGAGGUGUUCGGCGUUUGCUGUACGGAGCCGGUAGGCACGCCGCCACAGCAGGAACCAGAUGUGCAGCGACUGGGCAUGUUUCCUCUGGCUGUGCCAGCGCAGGGACCUCCACUGGCUUAUCAAGCGUUCCCCGAACGCCUGGCGUACUUCUCUCCGCAAUGGCAGUUCGGAGGCAACGUGCGCCAGAUCCCCGCGCAGUGGCCGCCAACCAUCCCGCCGCUGCCGACUCACCCGCCAGACCACACUGCGCCUACCCACCCUCCUUCACUGGUGGCCGGAGGAGGAACCACCCGACCCCCAACACAAACUACCUGGGCAACAAGACCGCCUACUUCAACCCCGUCUACGACUAAACAGUCGUGGCCUCCAGCGUUCCCCACUCAGCCCACCAGACCCACGAAUCCUACAACAGCGCCUGCUGCUGACGGCUCUUGUGGCAUGAAAAACGGAUAUCGGACUUACGAAGCCUUCUUGGACGAGGAACGCAUUGUUGGCGGUCACAGCGCCGACUUGAACGAGUGGCCGUGGAUCGUGGCUCUGUUCAACGGCGGUCGGCAGUUCUGUGGCGGCUCCCUGAUCGAUGACAGACACGUCCUGUCGGCGGCUCACUGUGUGGCCCACAUGACCUCAUGGGACGUGGCACGGCUGACGGCGAGGAUAGCCGAUCACAACAUCCACACCAACGCCGAGACUCAGCACAUCGAGAGGAAGAUCAAGCGAGUUGUGCGACACCGAGGUUUCGACAUGCGCACUUUGUACAACGACGUCGCCAUCCUGACUUUGGAUCAGCCAGUGCCAUUCACAAGGAACAGCAAGCCUAUCUGCCUUCCAUCGGGCAGCCGGGCUUACUCGGGUCAAAUAGCAACGGUUAUUGGAUGGGGCAGUUUGCGAGAAGCUGGCCCUCAACCCUCCGUUCUUCAAGAGGUUUCUAUCCCAAUCUGGACCAACCAGGAGUGCAGGCUGAAGUACGGAGCUGCCGCUCCAGGAGGCAUUGUCGACCACAUGCUUUGCGCCGGGAAAGCUAGUAUGGACUCUUGCAGUGGUGACAGCGGUGGCCCCCUGAUGGUGAACGAGGGCGGGCGCUGGGUGCAAGUCGGCGUGGUCUCGUGGGGCAUCGGGUGCGGCAAGGGCCACUACCCCGGCGUCUACACGCGGGUCACCGCCUUCCUGCCGUGGAUACAGAAGAACUCCAAGUAGACACAUGGCACGUCAAUCGCCAUUAGUAACGUAGUAAUCCAACGUGGGUAUUCCAAUUGACGGUGACGUCAGAGGUUGACACAAUUUUGUUACGUGUGUUACAAUGUUUAAAACUCAAGACAAAAGAAAGCAAUUGGACUAUUUGACACGUUAUUAUGUAUUUCUGAUUGGCCGUUGGAAGUCGAUAGUUCCGUAUUUUCGAAAUGUGAAUUAAGGAAAAUCUCGGAGUAUUCUAAUAGUAUUGUAAGCGACGGGAUUAAAUCUUUCUAUUCCUACAAUAAAAUUGUACUGGGAAUAUUUAAAUCUCUUUUAAAUUUUCCGAUACUUGCAUAUCUGCGUGUGCGCAAUGGCGCUAUCUGUAACGAGCUUCUAGUUUUUAAUCUUCACAACUCUAAGGUUAGGUUCUUGCGUGUUUGACCGCCUACUCAUUUGCUUUUGCAGAUUUCCAUUUGGUUAUUGGGUUUAUCAAUUGUUUUGAGAAAGACAACCGAAAUCUUGCCUUUCUUAAUAAAUUGAUAUUAUUACGCUUUCUGGCCGGGUCAAGUGACCUUAAAGCAUUUAAUUUGUGGAAAUCGUGCCAAAUUUGUAAUGUAAUUUAGAUAAUAAAUAAUUUUAGAUAAUUUAAA